GCUUGAUUAGAGAAAUAACAGAUUUUUGUUUCAGCUAGAUGGAGUUCUGUCCAACAUGUGGGAACUUGCUGCGUUACGGUCAAUCACAGUUCUUCUGCUCGACAUGUCCUUAUAUCGCCCGCAUCGAAAGACAGGUUGAGAUAAAGAAGAAGCAAUUGCUGGUUAAGAAAUCCAUUGACCCUGUUGUGAAGAAAGAUGAUAUCCCAAAAGGACCUGAAACUGAAGCGCCAUGCCCAAGAUGCGGGCACGACAAGGCGUACUUCAAAACAAUGCAGAUUCGUUCAGCGGAUGAGCCAGAAUCGAGAUUUUAUAGAUGCGUCAAGUGCGAGCAAACUUGGCGUGAGGAAUGAUCCCUUUAUACUUUUUUUUUCCCAGAGAAAGCUAAUCCAUCUAAACAAUAAUUUCGCUCUUUGAUUUUUUUUUUGUUGUUGUACCAUUUGGCAAUUUUCGAUAGCUUUCCUUUGUUUUUGGUUUUGGUUUGGGAAUGUUUCUGUGUGAUUUAAGCAGUUUUGAUGUUUGUUUACAGUUUGUUUCUUAUCAACCACGAUGAAACAUUCACCUGAAUAAAAUCUUAUGCAAAAGCUUCACACU